AUGUCAUUCGCACCAGAUACCGAGUAGAGUAAUUUGACGUCUAAAUUGUUUUAAAUUUUAAGUUUUAUAAGUUUAUCUUUAUUGUUUACGUAUCAACAACUGGAACAGUAAGUAACAAAUAUGUUUGCAGUAUCAAGAAAUAUAUCCUUGCUACUGCGACGUAAUAAUAAACCUGAAGGAACUGUUAGAUAUUUUUGGGAAUAUGUUAAUAUGAUGUUUAACAAACCAGAUCCAGAUCGUAUAAAAACUGUAGGACCUGACCGUGCAUGUGCGGAAUGGGUCUUAAGAAACGGAGGAAAGGUAGUGUGGGCCAAUGGGAAAGCUCUAGCAGAUUAUAAUUCCCUGCCACCAGAUUCUGAGGCUGUGCCCAAAGUGGCCGAGAUUGAUGGGUCAGAAUCAUCUAUAUCACAUUAUGGUUUCCCUCAUUUAGAUGGCUGUGUGGAACUGUGGAAAAUUACUCUUCAUGACAAUAAAUACAUUGAUGACAGAGCAAUGAAAGGGCUAGAGCAUGGUAAAGAAGCAUUAAAACAUUUGCAAGUAUCCAAAUGUGUCAAUGUCACUGAUGAGGGACUCAAGGACCUAAUAUCAUUAAGCAAACUGCAAACUCUUGUUCUAUACAAUUUACCAAGUGUAAACAAACUUGAAGAAUGCACACAAAUAAUUGUGAACAAGCUACCUAAUUGCAAGAUUAUAGGUGGAGCAGUAAAACUACAAGAUUAAAUGUAAGGUUAUUUCAUUAAAAUGGAAUUAUAAUAAAGCUUUACAAAAUAUUUAAACAAUAUAUAUUUUUUUUUAA